ACAUUUCAAUUUUAAGCGAUAAAAUGAUAAAUCAUAGUGCUAACAUACAGCAAGCAGAAUGCUGUUAAACAGUUGGCUUUAUACACUAAAUAGCGAAGUAUGGAGAACGAACAAAGGAAUCAGGUUUUAGGGAAAAAUAGCUGUGUUGCUGAUUUUUUCGAUUUUACUAUGUUGAAGAAAAAUGUGCAAUUCUUUUGUCAAUUAUCUGUGGUUUAUCGAAUAAGCCCAAGAUUGGCCUUUAUUUAAUAUUUUUUAUAUACUUAUCAAAUAUACCAGAUAUAAAUACAAUGUAUCAAUAUAUACAAAGAAAAAUAUCAAGGUAUUAAAAUAACAUUAAAUGAUUUUAAACGUUUAGCCAAAAAUAUGAAAUAAUUUGAAAGCUUGCCCAACAAUAUUAAAUCGAGGCCAUUAUCGGUUCUUUCUCUCCAAUGACUUCUGUCUCUGUAUAAGACUGUGUGCAAUUAAAAAGCAAUCUGAUACGCCAUGAAAAACAUAGAUACCUGUGUUUUGCUUUGAUCUAAACAUGUUUGUGCAUGAUGGAAAGAGCGGGGAAGAAGUUGUUCCUAUAUCGGCCAGUUCUAUUCCUAGUGCAUAACAGCUGCAGAUUGGGACAGGUGUUAGCACUUUGCUCGUAACGCCUAUUUAUAGGGGGAGACUAUAUGAUACUCACGCUAUAAACCUAUGCAAUGAUUCCGCAGCCUACAGCACACUUUAAUUAUUUAUUACAAAACGGGGAGCUCUGUAACACCCUCUUCUAGUCGCUCUUGAUAUCCCCUAGAGAUUGUAGAGAGCCCCAGGCUUGGACGUAGAAGAUGACUCUUACUAUUUGAGGAGUUUUCCUUCUGACUAAUAUAGUUUUUAGCUUGGCAUGUCCAUCAAGGAUCUGUAGCAUUCAUUAUAAAAAGGGAGUUUCUACAAAACACAGGCGAUCUCUAUGAAAAUAGCAAGAAUCAAAGCGCCCUCCGAAGACACCAAGAGGUUGUAAUUAUGGCCAUCUAUAGAAUGACUAGUGACCGCAAACUUUAAUUCCCCGUAAUUUACUCUGUAGCUAUCAAUAACAUUUCACCAAAACUACAUCUGUUGCACAAUAUCAUUCCUACCACAACCACUAUGAUUACUGUAUGUAGCUCCUCUUAUAAAAACUCUCCUGAGUCAGUUUCAUUCUAAAUUUAUUUCCUUUUAGUGUAAAUUUUGUCUAAAGCUUUCUAUAUUUCCUCCUGUUCUAUCUAUCUUACUGUCUAUAUAUAUAUAUAUAUAUAUAUAUCUUGCUGUCUGUCUGUCUGUCUGUCUAUCUCUCUAUUCAUCUAUUAAUCUAUCUAUGUAUCUAUCUCUCUAUUCAUCUAUUAAUCUAUCUAUUAAUCUAUGUAUCUAUCUAUGUAUCUAUCUAUUCAUCUAUCUAUCUAUCUAUUCAUCUCUCUAUUCAUCUAUCUAUCUAUAUAUCUCUCUAUUCAUCUAUCUAUAUAUCUCUCUAUUCAUCUAUCUAUCUAUCUAUUCAUCUAUCUAUAUAUCUAUCUAUCUAUUCAUCUAUCUAUAUAUCUUUUUAUCUAUUCAUCUGUCUGUCUGUCUAUCCAUCUGUCUGUCUGUCUGUCUAUCUAUCCAUCUGUCUGUUUAUCCAUUUGUCUGUCUAUCCGUCCAUUCAUCCAUCCCUGUCUGUCUCUCUCUGUCAAUUUACACAUAAUUCAAAUCACCCUUUCUAAUAUCUGUGCAAUUAAUUUCCAUUGAUGUUGCUAUAUAUAUAUAUAUACACACACACACUCCAUAUAACAUAUACCUCUAGACACAUUUUUGCUAAUUUUUACCAUACCAUCUUGGUACACGAAUAACUCUUCUUACCCUAUAUUUAAACUUUCCCCCCCCUGUAUUUGUUUAACAUUUAGUAUUUAAUAUUUGAUUAACUUGUGGCUCCAAACUCUAAUUUCCAUUUAGAAGAAAUGCCAAGAAGGCUUUGUUUACCUUUGUGUGAUACAAUUGGGAAUCGCUUCAAAUUGUGUUUUUCGCCUCCUUUUUGGUUUAACAAUAGAAAAAGAUGCGUGAAUGGCAGAACCUGGUGCUUGAGUCUAUUUUCCAAUCUAGAUUACCAUGAAACUCCGGACUGUAACUCCUCCCGUUGGUACUUAAACCCAUUCUAAUUCCGCCCACUAUUACCUGUACUUUUAUUGUUUGUGAUUACUCAAUAUAAACCUUCCCUGUAAUUUCUAUUAUUGCUUCAUGAAUUUUUUACUGUAAUACUGAAUGAUGUUCGAGAAUUCCUUAUAAUUCUAUAAUUCCUUAUAAUUCCUUGUAGCUCAUUGCAUUACUGUAAUAUUUAUUGGAUGUGACUCUAAUUCCAGUGGAUAGGGUGACUAGUAAUAUAACCACUCUGUUUUAUUUUAUCUAUUUUUUAUGCUAGCCAAAUGGCUAACAAUUGUUUAGAUAUAGUGUUAUUUAAGAACAUACAAUUUCAAUGUGUAGAUAUAGAUUGAUUUUAAAUUAAACAAACAUGGCUCGAAAUUCCAAGUCCUACGCUACUAAACAGUUCUAAAAGUAACUCACAGCUGCAAACGUGGAGGGUCCCUGGCAUGCCUAAAUAUGGUUAAUUUCUACCAUUCAAGGCUGAAUUUUCACUUUCAAAUGGGUAGUGAUCAAGUGGAAAUUUUUAACUGUCAUAUACAGAUUUAUUUACUUUACUGAGAAGCUGAUAUCAGUCGAAUCACUAAUAUAAGUUACUUGCGCACUAUCCCAAAUCCCUAUGCACGCAUAAAUAACUGGAGCUUUUUAGUAUCACUCCAGUAGCCACUUGAGUGUAAGCUCACCUGCCAUGUCAAGGCAAACCUCCUAGAUGUGUCCUACAGUAACAAUUUACCUUGCUGCCCUCAGCUAAAAGGUAAAAACUCUAAAGAGUUUGAGCGCGGGGUUUAAUUUUGUAUUUUAGAAUCAGUAAUAUGGCUGUAAAGGGUCAAUGCCCAUACAUUAUGUGCACACAUGGCAGCUGCCAUUUUGAAUGAAGUACAUGCAAUAUUCAAUUAAAUAUUGCUUAAUUGAUAUAUUUGCUUACAAUUCUGAAAACACAAUGUUUAAAUUUAAUUUGCAUACCUACCUAAAAAGCACAUUGUCGUCGACAUAUUUUGUAGAUGGCUGAGUCCGUUUGAUGGGUGAAUGAAAUGAAAAUAAAUUUGCUUAAAAGACCACUAUAGUGCCAGGAAGACAAACUCGUUUUCCUGGCACUAUAGGGUCAUUAGGUCCCCCCCCCCAACCUCAGGGCCCUCCUCCCGCUGGUCUGAAGGGGUUAAAACCCCUUCAGCCAUGUACCUUUCUCCAGCGCCGGGCUCCCUGGUGACCUCUCCUCCCCCUGCCGACAUCAGAUCCGAAUGCGCAUGCACGGCAUACAAACCGCCCAUAGCAGCAUUACUCAGUUCUUUCCUAUGGACAUCCAGCGUCUUCUCACUGUGAUUUUUACAGUGAGAAUCGCGGAAGCGCCUCUAGAGGCUGUCAGUGAGACAGCCGCUAGAGGCAGGAUUAACCCUCAGUGAAACAUAGCAGUUUCUCAGAAACUAUGUUUUCAGCUACAGGGUUAAAACUAGAGGGACCUGGCACCCAGACCACUUUAUUUAACUGAAGUGGUCUGGGUGCCUAUAGUGGUCCUUUAACAUUCACCAUUAUAUAGCAUCUGUUAAGUCUACAUAAGAAUCAAAAGUAGUGGGGGCCUUUUUGACUCAUCAAAUCUCGUAGUAAUGUAGAAAUUGGUGCAGUUUGUAUGUUUACAGCAGUAUAGCUUUCAUAAAAUGUAAGGAAACUUGAGUUUGAUUAGCGGUUUAUUUUGACCUAAAACUGUGUGAUAUAUAAACAUACAUGUGUGUUUGUUUGUGCAUGUUUGUGUGUGUGUGUUGCUUCAAUAAUGUAUUUUUGACAUAUCAAAUCACACAGGCUUCAAAUGUCCUUGCUGCAGUCACUGGCACGACAAUGCCCUCUACAGGAUUGCAAGGGUAAAAUCACCCGAGUCCCUAAUCACAUCAGUCCAUAUACUAUUCCGAAGCUUCUAAUAUUUCCCACAAAUCUAAAUACAGUUAACCAAUAAGCAAUUUAACCACAAAAGCAAAACAAAAAAAUAUAUAAUAAAGAAACAUCUAGUGUAUUACUGUAUCUGAUUCUGGAGCCAUGCAAAUCUCUGGUGACAUUAAGAGUUUGUCAUAUUUGGACAUAUUUAUUUAUUUAUUUCUGACAGCCAGAUUAUAUCCACACACAGAAAUAGUUCUGCUGUGCAAGGUCUCAGUUUAGAGUCUAAGUGACUGCUAACAGUAGCGGGCAGGAGAGACUGCAAUACAAGGGGCAUUAUGGAUGAUGGUUGAAAAUACCCAAGGCUAAUCAAGGUAAUACCCCCGACACCCGUCUACACUUACCUCAUAUAAAUUACAUUCAUGUAUGCAUUUCAUUAUUUUAGAUAUGUAGUUUCCAUGUAUGUGCUUUUGGAAAGAUAAAAAAUCCUUUGUAUAUAUGUAAUAAAUGAUAUAUAUUUUUUUUGUUGUAACAUCUGUUUUCAUGAUUUAUGGAGUUCUAACCUCGUGUUGUGGUCGACCCUAAUUCCUUGGGAUUUAUUCAUGAAAAGUAAGAAUUACGGAGAUCUGACAAAUAAUAUUCAGAUAUUUAUUUUUUAAAAGAUAAAUUGGGUGUGGCAAUUUCCUUCACAGUGUUCAAAUAAUCCUGGUUUCUUGAAUAAAACUCAGCCAGGGUUAGUCAUGAAACCGGGGAUUCUUGCCAUAUAUAUUUUAGGCCAAAAUAGACAUAUUUGAACAUUUCUCCAGUUCUUCUAUGUUUCUAACUCAGCUAUUUGGGCCUAACAUUUAAAAAUCCAAUGUCAGUCCCUGAUAAGUCGCAGUUUGGGGAAUAGCCCUGUUUGAGUUCAUUUUAUACAUCAUUCAAACUCCACUUACCAUACUAAAAGAAAAGUUAUAUAUCAAAGUGAAAUUUUAAUUUAAGGUCAAAACUUGACAAAUUUUCUGUCAGCUAUGCUUUCAUUUUGGCCAUUUCGGCCUUAAAUUUGAAAUUCACUUGGAAUUCACUUUGGUAAAGAAACACGUAGGUGUUAUACACUGAUUUAUGGAUUGUCAGGAAUCCCCGAGGAAAUUGCACAUUUGAGUCCACGAUAGAGGACUUUGAAAAACACUUCCAGCCAGCUAUUUGGACGAAAUUUGCACAUUCUUGGUGAACAACAUUUUAUUGAAUAAUCCUCAUUAUAUUAUAUGCACAUUCACUUGUUAAUAAAUAUAUGAAUAAAUAAAAGACCGGAACUAUUCUACUUUUUAAUGCAGCGGUUUAUAGGAUUUGUAGUGUCUAAUACUACAGUAGUUUGUUAUUCCGUUUUCAAUAAGUAUCCCAGAUACUUGAGACAUUAUAUCAAAUGACAGUAAUAUCUCAAAUUAAACUGGUUUUGAAGGGUCACACAUACACCAUGAAAAGCUGUUAAAACCUGUGAGUAGUUGCUUUAAUCAUAUGUAACAUCACAUUUCCCGGGUUAUUCAUUAAACUGAGAAUUUUAAUUUAAUUCUCAAUUUGCCAUAAUUGACCUUUUUUGAAUGUUUCUAACUUCUCUGUUUUGUUCUUUGAAAUUAACUUUGAAUUCUUGAUACUUUUCCCUUUUGUAAAUACCCCUGAAGACGUUUAAUAGAGAGAGGAAAGCCCAGUUACAAAAAGUAUUGUACUGCCAUUAGCUAAAUUAGAAACAUAGAAUGUGACGGCAGAUAAGAACCAUUCGGCCCAUCUAGUCUGCCCAAUUUUCUAAAUACUUUCAUUAGUCCCUGGCCUUUCCUAUAGUUAGGAUAGCCUUAUGCCUAGCCCACGCAUGCGUAAACUCCUUCACUGUGUUACCCUCUACCACUUCAGCUGGAAGGCUAUUCCAUGCAUCCACUACCCUCUCAGUAAAGUAAUACUUCCUGAUAUUAUUUUUAAACCUUUGUCCCUCUAAUUUAAGACUAUGUCCUCUUGUUGUGGUAGUUUUUCUUCUUUUAAGUAUAGUCUCCUCCUUUAUUGUGUUGAUUCCCUUUAUGUAUUUAAAUGUUUCUCUCAUAUCCCCCCUGUCUCGUCUUUCCUCCAAGCUAUACAUGUUAUAUUUGUCUUAUGUUAUGUUCUCAGAUAUAUUCUUAGCUGCAGUUUGUCGUCGUAAAUUGCUAGCCUUAAUUUAUUUUAUUGCAUACCUCCCUACAUUUAAAAUGGACAAAGAGGGACUAAGAAAUUUAAGGUAACUUACUGACUACAAGAAAUACUAAAAUGUCAUUUAGAACAAGAACAAUGUAUCUUAUUUACACAGAACGCUUUCUAAAUACAUUGUAGUUUAAAGACACAUUACUGGGAGUAUUAUUUCUGUGGAGUUCUGUUAUACAGUCAGACACAACAAUAACAGUUUUAAAAAAAAAAAAAAAAAAAGGGACAUUAUGAUAGAAAAUAUGGGCAGAAGGAUUUGUGUUCAAAAUAGGGACUGUCCUUUUUUAAAAUAGGCACACCUGGGCUGUGAGGUAUGUUAUUUUAAAAUUCAACCUCUCACUUCAUAACUAAUAAAACACCUUUUUUCUUUUUUUUUUUCUUCAAAGUUGUAUUAUAGUUGUAUUUUUAAAUUUUCGUUGAUGCUGUGUCUAGGGUGACCACAUUUCAAAAAUGUAAUUCAGGGACACUUCCUUGCCCCUCCUGGAAUCCCUCUUCACACCGGACAAAGUGGGUUUCAGCUUCCAUUCCCCCCAUAUUCCAUAUCUGUAACGGACCGUUUCAGCACACAAGGGGUUAAAACCGUUUAGGCGAUCGUCCCCUUCCAGAGAUGCAGGCACAGUUACUGUAGAACACCAAACUCCCGAACCGCAUGUAAGGGAAUGGUCCAAACUCCCGAACGGCAUACAAUAUAGCACUCCAAACUCACAAACUUGAACCAUACGAAUCGCUGCUAGCAGACGAAUAGGAAAAGCACCCAAGCGGCUUACACUCCUAGCAAUCAGUCUCUAUCAGCAUUCAGUAAAUCCCCCCAAAGACGAGACAAGGCUCCGUGUUGAGGGUCAAGCAGUGGUCUGUUUAAUGAGGGCUACCUGCCCAGUAUUUAUGCAGGUCUCCCACCUGGUGGACACUCCCCCUAGGGGACCAAAUGGGAGACUGCAACACAGGACAGACAAGCAGCAAUCCAGGACACACAGUCACAUUAUAUUCCCACAAUGCAUCCUGGCUUCCUCCCCUCUGCCCUGGAGAUAAUUGAGAAGUAAUUCAAUUAUCUCCCAGGACAAAGGCAAAUCGCCAUUAUGCACGUGGGGAUACCAAUACAGGAAUUACUAUUAAAAUACGCUAUGUGACAAAAGUUACAAUAAAAAUAUACAUUUAACAUAUCCCCAGAUAGCUCAGGUCUGAGCGCACAUUAUUAAGCGAAUGGCGCUCAGACCACACGAAUACAGUUUAAUCGCCAUGGAGCCAAAGUCUUUAAUUCCACGAACAGGCUCCAUGGCAGGCUAUCUGGGUACUUCCACACCGAAUACAUUAUAACACUAAAAAGUCCCGAAUGCUCCGUUCGGUUCACGAACGGGUUUGCAGACUUCCAGCCUCAGCGGGGCUUGGAAGACAAAAGUGUCCGCUUUUGGUGUCCUGCCGCUGGGUAGAACAAGCGCUGGCUACCCGGGGAGCUUCCAUAACACCGCCAUCGUGUGGUGGCUAGGUGUAACCGCGACCACCCAGUAAUUGUCAAUCAAGCUGCGGUUAACCGCAGCUUCUGGGAGGUAAAUCGCCAACACACUCCAGCUCCCAGGCGGUCCAGUCAUUCGUGCGGUUGUUCGGUAGAUUGAAUCUACCGGACACCGGGCAGAAAAGCACGAAUAAGUCUUUUCUGCAGGAGAAAAGAGGUCCUUUAACAUGGGGCCAUAAUCCAAAGGCAACAGGCGAGCAACCAGGAUUCUCCAAUGCAAUGUGGCGAGAUUGCUCUCGUCACAAUAUCCUUCUCAUAUUUCAUGUCCAUUCCCCCUAUAUUUCAUAUCCCCCCAUAUUUCAUGUCCAUCGCCCCCCGACUUCCCCCAUUUCAUGUCUAUUCCCCCAUAUGGUAUGUAGGGUUCAUGUUGAGGGAUCAGAAACUGAUGAAUUAAAAGUUCAAAGAUUUGAACUUGGCACGCAAGAGAGACACACACAUUGGAAUGAGUCCAGGACUGAUUGUACAAUGCAAAGCCAAAAACACACACAAUCAGGAGGAUAUUAACAAGGUGUUUAGCAGGCCAUAUCAUUUUAAAACUCUCUGAGGUGGAGGUGGUGGGAGAGCAUAUGAUAGAAAUUACAGGAAGGAUGUGUAAUUGUCUAGGACACAAGUCACUUGUGACUACGCUACACUGGAGUAAAAUAGAUUUUGUAUUCAAGUGUGAUCCUUGUCAGCAGGUAGCACGGUAGUACCUCUAGGGCAAAAACAUGCAGUCUUUUAAUGCAACUUCAUUCCAGGCACUUUAUUUGUAAGUUUACAUAUGAGGCAGCAGCAAAUGAAAACAUAAAUAUAACAGGUUUCCCUUUAAACAAAACCCUAGCUUGUCUGAGCACUGACUCACUUUGAAUAUCCCUCUCUAUCAGGGUUAAACUAACAAAAACAUAUUGCACCAACCUUAUUAGAUAGCAACACUCUGCUAGCUAGCCUGUUGCUUUUCUUUCUCCACUCCCAGUGCUCCAAGCCAGCCUUGCCCUGACUGUUUUCCUUUCUGCACUCCCAGUGCUCCAAGCCAGCCUUGCCCUGACUGCUUUCCUUUCUGCACUCCCAGUGCUCCAAGCCAGCCUUGCCCUGACUGCUUUCCUUUCUGCACUCCCAGUGCUCCAAGCCAGCCUUGACUGCUUCCUCCUGCACUCCCAGUGCUCCAAGCCAGCCUUGACUGCUUCCUUUCUGCACUCCCAGUGCCUAGUCUCAUUGACUCUCUAUCUGGAGAGAACAGCCUCUCUCCUACCUGCUUCCUGGGAGGAAGCAAUUAGGGGGGUAGGGCUUAUAUUGCAGCCCACCCCGAAAAUCCGACUAGGGCUUAUUUUCGGGGUAGGGUUUAUUUUCGGGGAAACACGGUAGCUUUUACUAAUUUUCAAUUAUUCAUUAACCUGGAUACUUUAUUUGGAGAAAUCAUUUCUGUACUGCCAUGGGAGCAAAUGUAAACUUAGAACCCUCAGCUUUCUUUUGGCUUCACUUCAAUGCAUUUUAAUGGACUUAAACAUCAUGGGCAGAAUGCAUUGUGAAAAGAAAGCAGCAUUAAGCCACCCAUCCCGUGUGAUAAAAUUCUUCCCACUACCAAACCCUCAGCUGGUAUUCAGCUAAAUGCCCGGGAAUAGUUUUACAAAUGCCUGCUAUUGCGAAUAUUUGGAAAGAGCCAUAUUAGAUUGGCCAAUCCUAAUAGCUGCCCAUUUAUCCACUGAGUAAGACACGUUAGUUCUACAUUAGACUGAGUCAUACAUUUAUUUGCGUAACUGGAAAUGAAAACCAGUUUGCGUAUAGUUUCUAACCUUAGGAGUGCGGGAUCAGACCUUGCUUCCAAAGCAGUGUUUAUGUAUUCCUCACUUACCUGGUCCUGGGAGGGGAGCUCCUCUGUCUUUCCUCCCGCGUGGUUAUCUGCAAAGAGCGCUGGGAAGAAGCUACGUCAUCGCGUGUGACCUUACUUCCUAGCAGCACUGGGACUUCAGAGGGAGGGAAGAGAGUGAGGGAGGGUUGCUGCACGCACAUCGCAAAUGGGGCACCUCUUCACUAAUAUGGGGCCCAGCUCAUUCCAGGACAUUACAUAGUCCCGGAAUGAAGGUGCCCAGGACGCGGGACAGACCCACAAAAUCCGGGACACGUUAGCACCCCAGCUAUGUCUUAAUUUAGUUACAUAUGUUAUAAUAAAAAAAAAAGGAAUAUCCAAAAAAAGUUAAAAAACUAAAAUAAAUUGUUAAAAAACUGAAUCUAUCAUGAUUCUCAGAUUUCCACUUUAACCCAUUCCUGAUUGUUAGGACAGCACACUAACGACCGGGCCCUCCUGGCAGCUGGAUCAGCAUGGGGGGGGGGGGUUCGGCUGACAACUGAUCCCAUGACCACAUGACUCGGAUCGGCGUGAUUGACAGAUUGCCUGACUGGUUUGCCAGGCAGAUCCCCCAAAGUAUAAUUAAUAAAAUAAGCUCAUUUUAUAUACACAAUAAAUAAAUUAUAUAUAAUUUCAUUCUAAGUGUAUUUUGAUAUCGAUAUAUAUAUAAUUAUAUAUUAAUAUCAAGAUACUUUUUUUAUUAUAUAUAUAUAUUUAAUUUAAUUCUGAGUGUAUUGUAUCUAGUGUAUAUAUAUAUAUUUAUAUAAUUUUGUAUUUUUUCUAAAUAUCAAAAUAAACUUAUAAUGAAAUAAUGUAUAUGUACAUGUGUACAAAACCUGGGGUUCCGCACUUAAUGUUUCUCAACUUACUUUCUCCUGGUGUAAAUUCUCCAACCGAAAAGUUAUAACUCAGCACUUUUGAUCAAUACCAAGUCUCCCAAGUGCUCUCUUACUUGCUUAUAUAUAUAUAUUUGAUUCUAAAUGUCUCAUAUAUUAUUUAUGCAUCUUUAAAUUAUUUUAUUAAUAAUAUAUUGUGGCAGAAAUAUUAGAGAAUUUAACUUACAAGCCCUAUAUUUGACACUGUCAUUAUUCAAUUCCCCAUAGAACCUGUAUAUAGGGAGUAAAGCUGUACUCGUGAGACAAUGCUAAACUUAAAUAUGUGUGUUUUAGAGCAGUAAAAUGUAUAAUGACGAUGAUAUCAUCAGUGAAAAUAAAGUUUUUGUGAAAAAUGCAAAAAAUAAAUAUGAACACUAAUUUUGGCCUGAAUUUGUUACUAAGUGACUACUAAAAAGACUGGACACCACAUUUUGAAUACCCUGGGUUGUCUACUUUUGCAAAUGGUAUGCAAUGGCGGUAAUUCUCAUUCCUGGGUUGCCAUAUGGUCUUAAAGGCAACAUAACCAAUCUGACAAAUUUCAAUGUAUAAAAACUGAAAAGGGGAAAGCCCUAUAUUUGAUCGUGUAACUUUUCAGAACACCAUGGGGGGCAUCAUUGUACUCGUGGGACAUCAGAGCAUACAAAUAUGUGUAUUUUAUUGCAAUGAAAGCUAACAGUAUUAUGGCAUUCACAGAUCAAAUGCCACGCAGAACUUGGAAAAUAACAUUUCUUAAUUUCUCACACUUUUUUAGAUUUUAUUCAUAUAAAAUUUAGUUUCAAAUAUAAAUAUUUGAUGUGAAAUGAAAGCCCUUCUCCUGAACAAAAUUAUAUAUAAUAAGUGUGGGUGGAUGUAAUAUUAAACUUAUGGUUGAACAGACAUGUAGCUUCAAAGCUAGGCUUUGUUUUAGUUCAGAACAUGGACAAUUGUCUCUGUCCUUAAGGACGUAUUUACAUAUUUUUUAUAUAUUAUAUAUAAAUAUAUAUAUAACAAUAAUUAUAUAUAUAUAUAUAUUUAAUCAAUAUCAGUCUACGGGUAAUUUGAUAUUAAUAUAUAUAUAUAUAUAUAUAUAUAUAUAUAUAUAUAUAUAUAAUUAUAUAUAUAUAUUAAUAGUAAAAUACACCUAGACAGUGUAUGUGUGUGUAUGUAUAUGUGUAUGAUCUAAGUAUAUAUAUAUAUAUUUUUUUUAAACUAAUACAUUUUAUUUUAAUUUUAUUUUCAGCCAGCAGGGGGACCACCUGUCAUUACAGGCAGCCCCCUGCUGGCAAUGCAGGAGGCAGCCUACCCGGCCAUGUGAUUGUGGGGUCCUCGCAAGGACCCCACUCUCACAUGGCCGGGGGGCACCGGAGGAGGAGGAUCUACCGUGGGGGUGCUCCCUGGGAGUCCCCCCCACCGCGAUCGCCGGCGUGGGACCGCCGGCGACCGGGUAAGUGAACAAAAACCGGAGGGCGUACAAUUACACCCGGCGGCGUUUAGAGCCGCCUAAAAUAGGGCGUAAUUGUACGUCCUCCGGUCUGAAGGGGUUAAUAUCAAAAUACACGUAGAAUGAUAUUAAUUAAAUAUAUAUAAUUAUAUAUAUAUAUAUAAUAUAAAAUAAAAAAAAUAAAAAAAAUAAAAUGUAUCAAUUUAUACCGCACUCACAUGCAUAAAAAUGCAUGAAAAAAGAAAAUCACUGUGUAAAUAAGCAAAAAAAUUAUUUAUUGUACACUAAAUCCCAAAAAUUCAUGAAAGUAAAAAAAAAAAAAGGAGACCACUAUUACUAAAUAUAUAAAUUGAUGAUCUGACCAUUAACAGAUUUAUUUAACCAAUCAUUGUUAACAGGAGUAGUCCCAGAAGAUUGGAAGUUAGCAAAUGUUGUGCCCAUUCACAAGAAAGGUAAUAGGGAGGAGUUAGGCAACUAUAGGCCAGUAAGCCUUACUUCAGUAGUGGGGAAAGUGAUGGAAACCAUGUUAAAGGAUCGGAUUGUUGAACAUCUAAAAACACAUGGAUUUCAAGAUCAGAGACAACAUGGGUUUACUUCAGGGAGAUCAUGUCAAACUAAUCUUAUUGAUUUUUUUGAUUGGGUAAUCAGGGUGGUGCAGUAGAUAUUGCUUACCUAGAUUUCAGUAAGGCUUUUGACACUGUUGCACAUAGAAGGCUUAUCAAUAAAUUGCAAUCUUUAAGUUUGGAUUCCAAUAUUGUUGAAUGGGCAGUGGCAGUGGCUGAGUGACAGGCAACAGAGGGUUGUAGUCAAUGGAGUAUAUUCGAAGCUUGGACUUGUCACCAGUGGGGUACCUCAGGGAUCUGUACUUGGACCCAUCCUCUUUAAUAUUUUUAUUAGUGAUAUUGCAAAAGGACUUGAUGGUAAGGGAUGUCUUUUUGCUGAUGAUACUAAGAUAUGUAACAGGGUUGAUGUUCCAGGAGGGAUAAGCCAAAUAGCAAAUGAUUUAGGUAAACUAGAAAAAUGGUCAGAGCUGUGGCAACUGACAUUUAAUGUGGAUAAGUGCAAGAUAAUGCAUCUAGGACGUAAAAACCCAAGGGCAGAGUACAGAAUAUUUGAUAGAGUUCUAACCUCAACAUUUGAGGAAAGGGAUUUGGGGGUAAUUAUUUCUGAUGACUUAAAUGUAGGAGUAUUGUACACAGUACUGGAGACCGUAUCUUCAGAAGGAUAUUGAUACCUUAGAGAGAGUUCAGAGAAGGGCUACUAAACUGGUUCAUGGAUUACGGGAUAAAACUUACCAGGAAAGUUUAAAGGAUCUUAACAUGUAUAGCUUGUAGGAAAGACGAGACAGGGGGAGUAUGAUAGAAACAUUUAAAUACAUAAAGGGAAUCAACACAGUAAAGGAGGAGACUAUUUAAAAGAAGAAAAACUACCACAACAAGAAUACAUAGUCUUAAAUUAGAGGGGCAAAGGUUUAAAAAUAAUAUCUGGAAAUAUUACUUUACUGAGAGGGUAGUGGAUUCAUGGAAUAGCCUUCCAGCUGAAGUGGUAUAGGUUUACACAGUAAAGGAGUUUAAGCAUGCGUGGGAUAGGCAUAAGGCUAUCCUAACUAUAAGAUAAGGCCAGGGACUAAUGAAAGUAUUUAUAAAAUUGGGCAGACUAGAUGGGCCGAAUGGUUCUUAUCUGCCGUCACAUUCUAUGUUUCUAUGUUUCUAUCUCUCUAUGAAUUAAUCUAUAAUACAUGUGACAAAAUUUCAUAAUAUAUAAAUCCCAGACUAUUUACAGCUAUAUACAGUCCAUAAACACCAUAUGCAUGAGGUUGAAAGUUCAUAAAUAUUCAGGUGGAUCCACCACUUGAUUAUUAUCCUGAGGUAAAUAGGCAAAAAUUGAAUAAUGAAAAAAAAAGACAAAAAAAUAAGAAAAAGACAAAAAAAUUUACAAACGGAAAAAAGACAAAAAAUAAGAAAAAACUGACCAAAAAAUGAGAAAGAUGAAAACACUAAAGAGUUCACCAGACUGAAAAAAAUGCACUAUUUAAAUGAUGAAAAAUGGUUGGAUCUCACCACAUAUUGUAUAUGCUGUAAAUGUGGACCAAAAGAGAGGUGUUCAAAAGAAUAUCUCUUAAUCAGGAGAAGUAGUAAUGGGGAAUGAUCCUCAUCCAAUCCGGUCUGCUCUCACGUGUCUCGUGUAUGGCUGGGCUAAAAAAAUAAAUAUAUAAAUACGUAAAAAAUUUAAUAAAUAAUAAUAAUAAAAAAAUAUAUAUAUAUAUGUGUGUAAUUUCGUUCUAACUGUAUUUUGAUAUUAAUAUAUAUAUUGAUAUCAAAAUACACUUAUAACGAAAUAAUAUAUGUAUACAUAAAUAAAUAUAUAUGUAUAUAUCACUAUAUAUAUACGUAUAUAUAAAUAACAAUAAUUUUAAAAAACUAUAUAUAUAUAUAUAUAUAUAUUAAUUCUACAUAUAUGUUUAUGUAAUAUUUUUACAAAAUUAAGUCAUUUUAUUAAUUACAAUUUGCAGGACCUGCCUGAUAACCCAGGUUUGGUGAAUACAAAUAUUAGUGUUUGAAAACAGUAAAAUGUAUUACAACGAUGAUAUCAUCAGUGAAAGUGAUUUUUUUUACAUUUUCCACACACUAACGGCACUUACACUGACGAUAUAAUUGUUGUGAUACGUUUUAUGGUUUUGAAACACUAAUAUUUGUGUUCAGCGAAGUCUCCUGAGUAGAACAGUACCCCUCAUGUACAGGUUUGAUAUAUAAUAAGUGUGGGUGCACUUAAUAUGAAAGAGGUGAAUUACGUUUGAACAGACAUAUAGCGCAAAUUCCAAGUUUUGUUUACGUUUUAUUUUGAUCAAAACGUGUACAUUUGGCUCAGUCCUUAAGGGAUUAAACAUGCUCCCAUUUCAUAGUAGAACUUUGGCUUUAAGGGGAAACAAAACUAGCAGAGUUAUAGACUAUAGAAAUAAAGUACCACUGAGCAGAGUCCACCAAAAUGAACACUAACCCAGGGCACAGAGAAAAGGGCUAAAAGGGUAGCUAAACGGGCUUAACCCUACAAAAUAUGACCAAGAAAAUAUAAAGAGGUAGUAAGAGGAAAUAAUCCCUACUAAGAGGGAGAAUUCCUCUACUACAGCUACCCCCACACAAAUAUGUGUAAGCUAAUUAUAUCACACAUAAACAGAUUAAAUACCUAAUUAAAAGUAUCUUUAUUGAACACCAAUAAAUUCUAAAUACCCUAACCCAAGAAAAAGAAAAAGAAUGCAGGCUGAAUACGGUUGAAAAAACAGUGCUGAAUAAAUCUGUAACAAGUUCCAAUCUAUAAAUUGUUACAAAGUAUAAAUAGAAACAAUGUAACAAUAUAAUGUAUCAGGAUCAGACUACAGCAACCAAGCCGAAGUGCUUCUAUGCUCUAACCCUAUUUAUCAAAUGCACUAAGAGUAAAAGUUAAAUGGAUAAAUUGAACCCUCUCAAUGAGAUACAAAACAGAGAACAAACCCUCACUACCUCCUUCAUACUCCUUAAUAAGCAAUAAAUUCAUUGAAAUGCAGAGGAAAUCGAAAGGAUAGUGAGACGAGAGGUAAAAGAGAUUGAUAUAAACAGUGUAUAUUUGAAAAGAAGGAAAGACCUUCCAUUACAUAGUCACAGGGUGAUUGAAAACAACCUCAAUUAAACUGAUGGCCGGCCGGUCAUAUAAGUUACUUAGUGCAAUAGAUAUGAAUGAAAUAGAAUCAACUAAGGGGCUAGGCACAGGCUGCAAACAAAACUGCCCAACGCGCGUUUCGGCGGAUAAACCGCCUUUGUCAAGGGCGUACAAUAGCAUUCCCCCGCUCGAAAUCACCCCUUUUUGUAACCCAAUAACUCCUCCUACCGUCCAGAAAGGAACCAAUCGGUCGCUACCCUGGGGUCCAGUGGGGCUGCUGGGUGGCCGGCCGGUGACUGCAGGCGGCGAGGGAGCACUGAUUCUCCUGUUCAGCUCCCUUGCGCGCCGCAGAGUGAUGCCGGAGCCGGAAUAUGACGUCAUAAUCAGUGCUCCCUCGCCAGCGCCGCCCACCCACCUGGAUUGUCAGUUAACCGCUAGGCUAACAAGACAUUUGCCUGGGCAUUUGGGGGCGUUUUUUUUUUUGCCGUCCCCUGGAAAGUGCCGCCCAAGGCAAAUGCCUUGUUUGCCUCGCAGCUAAUACGUUCCUGGUCACAUGCAUUACAGUUGUAUUAUGCCCAGAGAAUAUGUUUUUUAAAUGACAGUUUAAUUUAUGAGAGCUGAAAUUGUAUGUGCGGUUUUUGAGCACCACUACUGAGAUGUUCCUUGUGUGUCCCCAACCCUAUUUUUUUCUAUGUAUAUUUGGAAUCCAGACCAGAUUACUUCUGGGUUGAGUACCCCACCCCUCCACUAUUGGUGCCCCUUUUGAGGUGACCACAGGAAAGCAUACAUUUUAGGAGAGUCUCUGGAAGCAGUUUAAGCAGUAAGUAUUGCAGUUAGAAUGUUAAAGGAACACUUUAGUAUUCUUAAUUCAGAGUUGUAUUCCUUGCACUAACGUGUUCCUCUGCCCCUGCACCCAAUUCUCCUUAAGUUGUAAAGGGUUAAGUAGCUCUUUAUUAACUUGCCGAUUUCAGCGCCAAUGUCCCAGGCACUGCGUCGUGUUCCUCCUCCUCCGACGUCAGCCAAUAGUGGGACCUAAUGCUCAUGUGUGGCGAGUGCUACAAGCGACUUAGGCAUUCCCCAUAGGAAAGCACUGCCUAAAUGCUUUCCUGUGACGUCCAGCAUUGUUUAAUGGAGUCAAACUCCAAAAUCCAAGAAACGUUUCUAGGGGCUGUCUGGUAGACAGCCACUAGAGGCAGUCUUAGCACAGCAAUGUUUUACAUUGCAGGACUAAAGAGGACAGGGAUAGUGCACACAGACCACUUGAAUGAGGUGAAGUGGUCUGGAUGCUUAUAGUGUCUCAUUAAUCACCCAUGUUAAAAUUAGCAUAGGACCCCACAGAUACUGGAGAACUGUGGUGUAGUGGUGGGCUUAGCACAAUAUGGCCAUAUGGUGUAAUUGAAUCCCCAUGUUUGUUUGCUGAGAUAGGGGAUUUUAAGUAGCCCUGUGAAAUUGAAACUUUUUAUUGUGUGCUCUGUUACUUAAUUGGUGCUUUGUACAUAUUUUGAUUGUUACGGCAGUAUCACUACUGAGAAAUGCAUGUUCCAGGGGUGUGCUGUGUGCUCCCCCGAAAUUCACUUUUUUUUCUAUAGUUUUUUUUACCAUAUUUGGAAGACUGAAGGUUUUGUUUUACUUGACUGCCUGAGUACAUCACGAACGCUGUCCUUUAGCAUCUCCUUUUAUCUAAAAUAUUCAAGCAUGUUGUAGUUAAUAUGUGGGGUAACAGCUUGUUGACCCCAGGAGAAAUCUGAAUGGCGUUUUAGAGUCAAAAAGGAUAUUUUCCCCAGAAAGUAGGUGAGUGGAUUUGGCAAGUGGCAAGUGAGUACGUUACAAAUUGUGAUAAUAAAACAACAGAAUUGUGAAACCCAGAAUGUCCUAGGCAAAAUUGGAUAAGUCUUCUAUUCCUCCAAACGUACUAUGGCCUAUGGCAGCCAGAUGAUUAUUUGAUCCAAGAAAUUAUAUAUGUAUGUUUUGCUCCAGCCCCAUAUUUUCUGUUGGCAGAAAAAAAAUGGGAUGGCUGAGAUUGAUUGGAGGUUGUUGAGAGUAAUAGGAGCUUGAUUAAUAGGAGGGACCAGAGAGGGACAAAAUUGAGUAGCCGAUAUUGAUAAGGACAGAGUUCUGAAAUCAAGGCGGCAGAGCGGAAGGACUGUGAAAAUGAGAGCAGAGAAACCAAACCCUGGCUGAGCUCGAUAAAAUAAAUAUGAAAGAUCUGGAGAUGAAUUGAUUGACAGAAAAGGCAGGGUCAUUCAUAUUGAUCAGGGGCAUAAGCGACUGGCUGAGAGUGACAAGAGGGGAUGUUAAUAGGAAAGCCCAUAGAAAAAUUUUAAGAAAGGAAGGUUGAGAAGCACAAGAUUGGACUGCUGUAGGCUACCUGAAACUGGAGGAAUAAACUGGAUAUUUAAAAUAAAAUAGGGUGGCUGGGAUUAAUAGGACAUGACUAUGUGGGACUGAUGGAGGAAGAACUGAGAGUGAAAUAGUGGUUGGCUGAAUGAUAUUGUUUGAUAGGAUGUUGACUGUAAAAUAAACUGUACUCCUGCUGAUUCAAGGGCAUUGUAUAACACUAGCCAUCUCAAAUAACGCCUUACAUUUCAAAUGGCCAAAGACGGACACUUGUUGUUGGGAGGAGUGGCUAGAAGUAUGGCCAGGGGGUUGGAGUCUGGGUAUUUUUACAGACUUCAUGGUCUUGUUUUAGCCAUUCAUAUAACGUACAAAGUCAUUUAACAAAGGUACAAAGUAUUUCGUUUACACAAAUUAAAUUUCAAAACACAUUCACGGUCGCUUAAAGUAUAGUUUGAAUGUGGUAUAGUGAAUUUUACUACCGUGGAAUUUUAUACGGUGAUACAAUCGUAUAGGAAGAACCAUUUGAGAUUCUAUAAGUCACAUACUCCAGGGUAUGAAAGAGAGAAAAUAGAGGGACUGUCCCUAAUAAUAAAAGGCCUCUUGGUAGCUAUGCUACAAAUCUAUAUGCUUCAACAAUAUAAGAUGAUUACUGAGUGAAGACAUUGUCUAAAAAACCUUACAGAUUGCUGUUUGUCAGCAUUUGUCAUCUUUUUUAUUUUGAUCCAGUAAGUGUGAGGUAAUUUUACCCCUUUUUCAUCCUACAUCAACAGCCCUCUGUAUUAAUGUAGUAGCUAUGGUGCACACAAGAUAGUCUCUGUUACUUGGUCAUAUUGGUUACGUUUAUGAAACAUUUUCACUGACGAGUGGAAUCUCAACUCUGCUAAGUAGAAACGAGCAAUUCUUUUGUAACAGUGUCCACCAGAGCAGGAUUUACCAACCAUAAGGGGUCCUUGGACAGCCACCCAGGACCUAACAGGGCUAGGCAACCGCUGGCACUCUGGAUGUUGCGGGCUACAUCCCCCAGAAUGCUCUUACAACCAUCAUGCUGGCAAAGCAUCAUGGAAGAUGUAGUCCACGACAUCUGGAGUGCCGAAGGUUGCCUAACUCUGAGGGUUUAGGCAGCAGACCAAGAACCAUGAUUCACUAUUGCUGUGUGAAGAAUGAAAGGAGGGACCCAAACUGGUCAUCUGCCUAUUAUUCUUUUCCAGUGGCCACAUGGCUUAUAUAUGUGGCCACCAUUAGUGAGUGUAUAUCUGGAUUCAGUCAGCUGCAUGCUUUCAAAAUAGCUAAGAAGUUCAGGUCUCUUCAGCCCCUCUCAUUCUGCCUCCUCUCCCCCCCACCUACGACACAGUCACUAUGACAGCACCUGCUGUGUAAUUCAAUGUCUGCUCCUGUCAGUGGAACCGUUAAAAUCUACAAAUAUGGAUUGACAUUAUAGGAAGAGGUUCGCAGUGGCAAGAAACUUUUUUCACCUGGCUAGUAGAACAGGACUUUUGAGCCCUGAUGAAACUAUAUAUGAAAUUGUUAGCCUGAAACUCACGAUAUGUAUCUCCUAAGCAUGCACUUAAAACAAAUAAAAUCGAUACAGCGAAGUAGGCUGGUAAUUUAAUCAUCCAAGAAGCAUUUCAUGAUUAUAAGCAGUUUUUAGAUUCCAAUUUGUAUCCUGGCUUCUUAUUUCGUGCAAGCUCAACACGAUUUUGGUGUGCAUCUGUGUCCGCAGAGACCCACAGCAAUAAAACACACACUGAUCUUUGUUUAAAGCACAGUUCGCAUGUCUCUAAAUUCAUUUGUAUAAUUAAAAUUCUUUAUGUUCUAAAUGACAUAUCAGGUUACCUAAGUACCUAUAAAUAUGUCGUGGAGUUAUUGAAAAACUCCCAGUAAUGUUUUUAUCCCUAUCUGGGCCCCUUGCUGCUUCCCUUUUAAAUGACCCCUUGGGUUAAUUGUGCUCUACAAAUUGCCUUUUGUAUGUGCUUAGUAUAUGUUGAGCUAAAGCUAUAAGACAUAUGAUCUCAUUAUAAUUGCAGUAUUAUACUAUAUGUGCAUAAGUAGGUUGUGAGCACAUUUAGAAUGUUGUAUGGUGUUUCAUUUGUACCUGAGAAAAUACAAGGACAACCUGAGGCCUAUAUUUAAAGAACAAAUACUAAGUAAGAUACUUAAAGUUUAAUGGCUAAAACCUCACAUCUUGAGGGAUCCCAGUUAAAUUAAAUUAUAGAUACAAUUUUAUAGCUAUAAUUAAGGUAUUUUUUGUGUGUGACUGUUUUGGCCUAUGAAUGUGCAAUUUGCUUGCCUACACCCAACAGUUAUCAAUUUGGUAAAUAACCCUGUAGAAUUAAGUAAAUAAACCAUGAAUUGUAAAUAACUGAAAAUAGAAUUGUCAUAUUCAGGCUAAAAUGCCCAAACUAAGAACACAGCCCCAUGUUUCCUAAACAGCUAUUCUUGUCUAGAUUUUGCAGUUCAGUUUCCUAAUUACAAUUAUUCAUAAUUAAAACCCUAUGUGUGUAAGAUUUUUCUUAAUACCCGAUGAAGUCAUGUAAGGGAAUCAAAAUAAAAAUGUGAUUUAUGACCAUUAAAAAUUAACUAGCUUUUUCCUUUCAUAAUAGGUUUAUGACUGACUGCCAAGAAACUGCAUGUAAGGUCACAAACAUCAUAAAUUUUACCUCCCUUCCCUUUCUGAAUUAACUAUUCCAGUCAUAAAGACGCAAAAUAAAAUCCAUAUUUGCAAUCAAAAACGGUAUAGAAAAGCAAGAUGCAUCCUGGGAUAUGUUAAAAAAGGUCAAACCCUGCUUUCCUAAAAAAUAUAUAUUUUAAAAGCAUUUUUUUUAUCUCUUUGAAUAUACUCACAAAAAUAUCAUGAAACAGUGAGUUGUGUGAAAUUAGCAACUCAUUUAUAGUAUGUAUUCACUGGCCGAGUUGGGGAAUGUUUGCAAUGUUGCCAUUUUGGCAUGAAUUUUGCAAAUCUAGUCUGGAAUUAUUAUAGAGUGAAUGAACAAUUUUAGAUUUGUCCUGUUCAUAUUUUGUUAAUCUCUGUAAACUUUGUAUAUGGAAAUGUAUGAAUACUUUUCUUUUUCUUUAAUUUAUAUUGAGCUUUUGUGUGAACCCAUAUGUAAAUAUGAUGUCUUGGGUAAACAUGUGGCUAGUCAUUGCUUCGUGUUUCUUACUUGUUAUCGUCCGAUAAACAAAACAUAACAUUUAUAGUUUAUAGGUGUGAGUUUGAGUUCAGCAUUUUGGGCCCAAGGCUUGGACAGAUCAUUGAGGUGAAAUCUAAGAAUGUUCUUACGAGAAUGUUGCUCUGUCUGCACAGAGUAUAUUUAGCAGGUUGGCAGCUUCAGCCCACUUCUAUCUCUGACAGUCUUAGGGGGUCUCAUGUAUAAGGCGGUAACACAAUCCCCUUCUGAGCUCCACUCCCUAUAAGGAGCCCCGAACACUCUGCUAAUUAUACCAGCACAUAUCUUCUGGACACCUGCACCAACCUCUUGGGGUUCAGUCAUCUGUGGACAUAGUGCUGUGACGAAGCCCUGUGUCCUUUGCCACCAUGUCGCAGGUCAGUCUACACCAUGGAGAUGUCUGUACCUACAAUAAUUUUCCAUCUUCACUUUGUCAGCUAGCUAAGCAGCUUUUUUUUAAAUUAUUUUUACCCUUUUCCAGUUCAACCAAUAUAUUUUAUUUUAUUUUUUUUACAUUCGUCCUUAAAAAAAAAAACCUUGAAUAUUCUGGUUGGUUGAGUUUAAGAGGAUUUGCUGGGACAGCUGUAUAAUGGAAACUUCAGAGGAAACACCAGUGGAUACCUAAACUACCUGGAUAUUUUGAGAUAUGUCAUUAUCUGUUGAUGCAGGAAGACACUGGGCCUUCAUUUGUUUCAUAUGAUUGCAAGAGCUGACACAGUAUAUAAAUUUAGAUUGGCCUCACUAGGCUACAGGGAUCCUUUUCUCACAUUUUACUAUUGAUUAAACAUGGGGUUGGAGGGCAACUUAUUAAUUCCAAGCAUUCAGUGACCCAUAUAUUUUGGUUUGCAGCCUACAGACCAGCAGCAAGAUGCGAGGUCCUUCCUCAGUGAAGAGAUGAUUGCCGGUAAGUAGCAUUACUUUGUGGGUGUAUUAGCUUUGUAUAUAUUAGUAUUACUAUAUGCAUAUACUUGUUUAGUGAGAUAUUUGCCAUCGUAUAUGUAUGCGUGGUUGGUAUGUCUGUAAACUUAUGCGUUAGGAGAAGUGUUAAGUGCUAUUGUCCAAUGACCAUACACCUCAAUAGCCCCCUGGCCAUAUUUUUAUAUCAGUACAAAUUGAAGUUUGUUGCAGUUAAUGUUUAAUGGCCCUUUCCCAAUUCUACGUACUGUACAUGGUUCCCAUUUCUUCCCGUCCUAAUAUUUCUGUCUAUAUUUGCAUAUUUGCAUAAACUAGUUACUUUUCUGAAGUGUUUAUGAAUGUGACUGUAGUCGUUUGUAUGAAUAAAUCUGAGGAUUUUUUUUAGAUUUCUGCAUGAUCCGUUGAUUUAUAUAUAUAUAUGUGUGUCUUUGUGUGUGUGCGUGUGUGUGCGUGUGUGUGUGUGUGUGUAAAUGUGUGUUUGGGAUAGAUAUUUGUGUGUGGAAUUGAUUUGGUCUGAUGUUGUACAGUAUAUAUGUGAAUACAGUGAGCUGAGGAAAUUAUCCAGGUCAGGAAUGUAUAAUCAGUUUUUUUAAAGCACAGGCCUGGGUUUUGGGGUUGAACUUUGAGGAGAUAGGAGAAAGAGACCAAAAGCAUGGACAGCAACAUAGUAAAAAUGUUACCAAAAAGGGGAGUUAGAGAUAUCUGCAAUAUUUAGGAGGCUAGCAAAACUGACAUUUUUAGCAACCAGAAGAGGUACGUUUAUAAAAUUCUAGAAAAGUCCCAGACAGGAGCCAUUUUAGGAAGCAGAGCACCCAGGUUUCUGUAGUCUUUCAAGACCUGCUAGUGAUGGCAAAAUUUGGCACUACAAUUGUUUUGAGCUGUAUUUCCCAUAAUGGUCCGCCAGGUAAAAUUAGGCUGAAGGCUGAUUAAGCAUCAUUGGAAAUGUCUAGCAUAGCAUCUCCAUAGCAAAGAAUGUCCAUCACUGCUCUAUGACAGCUACCAAACUGGGGGCAAAAGGAAAAGGAAAAUUAAACAAGACAGGCAAAAUAGUUAGACAGAAGAAACCUAAGAUGUGACAUGAAUAGAAACAAGAGAUUGGUACAAAUUGGUUGAAAUGUAAUUUUUAUUUAGCAUUUUUCUGUGUAUGCCUUUACGCUAUUGUUAUAGCUGUAUAAGCUAAACAAUGGCGGUUGAGCAGUGGGUUUGCAUCCAGGUGCUAACAAUGUAUUUUGGAAGAUAUUAUUUACAUUUCCGGGCCAAGGGGAGAAGAAAGAGGUUUAAAGUAAGCUUGUUCGAGUAAACAUUCGAAAUGGCAUUGGGGAAUGGAUAAAUAUGCAAAGGACCGAUAUACACAAAAACAGGUUGAACAAAGUCUGCUUCUUUUUUUCUCUUUAGAGUUCAAGGCUGCCUUCGACAUGUUUGACACUGAUGGCGGCGGUGACAUCAGCACCAAGGAGUUGGGUACUGUCAUGAGAAUGCUGGGACAGACACCAACCAAAGAAGAGUUGGAUGCCAUCAUUGAGGAAGUAGAUGAAGAUGGUAAGUUUCAGGGGUGGGGUGAUCAGUCUAUAGAAAGGAAUGACGAGACUAGUGUAGCUCCGACAAUGUAUAUUUAGGUUCAUAAAAGUAUAUUCACGUAUGUCCUUAGACUAUAAGGAUUAUCAUAAGUGGAAUUCCGUAUGAGAAAAUGGUAGCAUAAAUGUAUUGCACUCAUGCCAUGCCAUCUAAAAUUAUUAUUUUUUAUUAAGAAAUAUGUAUUAGCAGUAGAAAUGGCAAAUAUGUACUGAAAUUAUGGAAUGUGGUGGAUUAUCUUGCAGGCAGCGGAACCAUCGACUUUGAAGAGUUCUUGGUCAUGAUGGUGCGCCAGAUGAAAGAGGAUGCUCAGGGAAAAAGCGAGGAGGAGUUGGCUGAAUGCUUCCGCAUCUUUGACAAGUCAGUGAUACCCUUAUUUAGCCUUGCUAAUGGCAGUCCCGAACUUACUAAGAUUUACACAUGCAUCAUGACCCAAAUAUAUACCCAAUCUCAAGUGACAUAAGGCAACUUCUAACUUACAUCAUGCUGUUUUUUUCUUACUGUGUUCUGUGAACACACGAAGUAAUGUGCCCCACAUUCUCUGCACAUAAAAAACAUAAACACUUAACAUUGUUAAGAAAGUGUUCUAUGGCAUAUAGAUUUUAUUUACUUCACUUUACUUUAUUUUGAUGCACUUUAUAAAAUGUUAAGAUAAUUUCUAAAACUAAGGACUCGAUAAAAGGACUCAAUUAAUUAAUAUUUUUGAUCAACUUUUAAAAUGAUUCACUAUUAUUAAAAUAUUUUAAUAUGUUGAUAAAACAUAUUUUAUUAAUGAUAUACUUCUGGUAUUUUAUUAAUUUUUCAAAAAAAAAUAUUUGAAAGUUCUUCCAAAAAGAACAAUUUAAUUAAAUUUUUUUCGAUAAGCUUUUUUUAUUUUUGUAAGAUUUUUUUUAUAAACUUUUAAUAUCAUGAAAAAUCUUUUAAUAUUUUGAUAUAUUUUUUUAAUAUACCGGUAUAUGAGUUAUUUUUUUUUUAUAUAUAAUUAAAAAGUUUAUCCAAAAAUAUUAAAUUAUUUGAAAAGUGUAACCAAAAAUAUUAAAUAUUAAGCCUAAAUUAGUAUUGGACAAUAUGCAAAAAUGAUAAUCCACCAUAGAGGAUGUUGUCAGAAGGGACAAGGGAAUUGGAAAGAUUGGGCAUAAAUACCCAAAAUGGAAACAAUUCUCUGAAAUAUGGAUAUGUUUAUGGAACCCAACCUGAGAUAUGGGUCAGGACUGCUAGUGGUGUGUCAUACCACAGAGCUAUCUGCAACUUUAUAGGAUUAUGUACAUAAUAUAAUACUAUGUGUCUUUCACCUUCAGAAAUGCUGAUGGGUACAUUGACGGUGAGGAGUUGGCCGAGAUCCUGCGUUCCUCAGGAGAAAGUAUCACAGAUGAAGAGAUUGAGGAGCUCAUGAAGGACGGAGAUAAAAACAAUGAUGGCAAAAUAGACUUUGAUGGUAUGUUGAGUCUGCAUGUGGCUCGAUUUUUAUACAACAUCGCAAAUUACUGCCACUGUGCACCAAUAUACUGCUAGGUCUGGAUUUACAUCACAAGCGCCUGUGGGUACAUCAUUCUCAAGCUCCCCAAAAUCCAUCCGCCCCUUCCAAACUGUAUACAUCAUGGCUCACUGCUCCAUUGAUCAUAUCCCUUUAAUAAUCAGCCAAAAUAAGCAAAACGGGAAAUGAAAAGGAAGGAAAUGGGAUCUCCACUUAGAUAAUAUAUUCAUAUAGAGUGCUUAGUCUAUUAAUUAAGAUAACUCUUUGAAUGUACUGAAAUAAGGUUUUCUAAGUUAUUUGCUCUGUUCUUGUAUUUAUACACUGUUUAAGUACUAUUAUCUAAGUGGUGAUCCAAUUCCCUUCCUCUUCAUGUUCAUUUUUGUUACAUUUUUGGCUGAUUUGUUGCAAUGUGUGUGGACAGUAUGUGUGGACAAUGUGUGUGGAGAGCAGUGUGGACCUUUAAUUCCUGAGUUGUCCCAGUCCUCUCCUCUCUCUCUCCUGCUGAUCGCAAUGGGCCCACAAAGAUCAGGCUCCUUAGACUGUAUGCAAACAGUCCCACAGUCAUUUAGUCAGCAAACACAGGUAGGGAGAGGAAUUUUAACAGGCAGAGCAUGUGCCCCCUACAGGACAGGUGCCUGUAGCCAGGUGCCUACUCUGCCUAAUGUGCAAUCCUGCCCUGCAUAUUGCCACCACAUUUGACAUGUAUUCUUGUGUUUUUGCAGAGUUCCUGAAGAUGAUGGAAGGUGUACAAUAA